AUGACGGACAAGAUUUCACACAUAACAGUUGCAUUAGAACGAUUGGAACAACAGUAUUUGGAACAUAAAAACAAGUUCGAAAAGUGGAAGUUCAAUAAUAUUGCACAGUGUGGAACGGAAACAUACAACAAAUAUGUGGAAAAGUUCAAUGAGUGGGAGAAAGGUGUCAAGGAACAAGAAAGAAGGUUAAUCAAAGAGCGAAAUAGUUUAAUCGCUCCUCAAGAUCUAGACACUACUUUGGAUGGUUUAUUGGCUCAAAUAUCACUGAAAGACUUCAUUUUGGCCGUAGUAAUGAUGACAAGCAAGGAUACAACAUUCUUUCCAGCACUACUUUCUGCUUUGCAGAAGGUUCAAGCAUAUGGUGAAGCUCGGCAGGCGAGCAUAUAUCAAGCUUAUGCAGCAUCUGCAGCAACUUUCGGGGCAUCAAGUAGUCAACAGUAUCCUUCUCAAAUCCACUAUUCCGGAAAUACUCUACAUCCGUAUAGUGCACUGCAGUCAGAUGUUAUACUUGAAAGAACCAAACGGCCAUAUGAUGGAAUGCAUAACAUGAAUAAAAGUGAUGAGCAUGGAACAAACCGGAGUUAUCGAGCCCCUUCUCCUGUUCGUGAUUAUCGAAAUCCAUCAUUACCUUUCCGUGACUUUAGUCAAACAUGA